AUGGAUUUUCUCGAAGGAUUUACCUAUGAGCAUGUCAAUUUCAUAUUUUCUGGUACUACAUAUCUUCAGGAGAUCACAAACUCUACAAUCAACACAUAUGCGCAUAAAGAGGUUCAGAAUCAAACAACUGUGAGAUCAUCUGUUUUGGAUGUUCUUUUGGAGAUAACAAAAUUAGGUGACCUUUAUCUCAUGGAAACAGUCUUAGAUGAUGAAAGUGAGAAAAAGGUUAUUAUUGCAUUAAAAAAUGUUGGGAUUUUUACAUCGGGUGAUUUUUACAUCCUUGUUUGA